UAUGAAUAGCAUCAAUCGGAGAUAUUUAAUCAUAACACAUAUGAUGUUAUUUAAAAUAUAUAUUUACAAAGAGAUUAUUAAUAUAAAUGGGACUGUGUCUCUCAAAGUAGGAAGCAGAAUAGCACACAACCUUAUCUUAAGAGAAGUACUAAUAGGAAGAUGAACUUGAUGGACUGUAAGUCGAGCAAAUCAGAUUGAGUGAUGAGGAAAAAGUAUCUCUAAAGGAUUUUGAGUUUCUUAAAGUUCUUGGAAGAGGUGGUUAUGGCAAGGUAGUCUUAGUUAAUCACAAGAGUUAAUCCAAACUAUAUGCUAUGAAAAUUUUAAGAAAAGAUCUUAUUCAACAAAUGAAUUCUCGAAUUUAUAUGGAAACAGAAAGAAAUAUCUUAGCAUUGGUUAAGUGUCCUUUUAUAGUGAAUUUAUAUUAUGCAUUCUAAACAAAACAGAAAUUGUAUUUUGUAAUUGAUUUUAUGAUCGGAGGAGAAUUGUUUUACCACUUGAAGCGAAUAGGCAAAAUGGAAGAAUCAUGGGCUAAAUUCUAUUGUGCUGAAAUUAUCCUGGCUCUAGAAUAUCUCCAUAGUCAAAAUAUCAUAUAUAGAGAUUUAAAACCAGAAAAUAUCCUCCUCGAUCAAGAUGGACAUGUCAAAAUCACUGACUUCGGUCUCUGCAAAGUAGACAUCAAAGAAGGAGACUUCACGACUACCAUUUGUGGCACCUAUGAUUACAUGGCUCCAGAAAUAUAUUUGAAAAAAGGUCACAAUCAAAGUGCCGAUUGGUAUUCCCUAGGGAUCCUCUUGUAUGUGAUGUUGUAAGGCAUCCCUCCUUUCUAUUCCCAGAAUAAAAGACAAAUGAUUCGGAGUAGAUUAGAGAGACAAAUUGAAAUCAAGACUCCCAUCUCAGAAGAAGCUUCUGAUCUUAUUAAGUAAUUACUUAAGAAUAAUCCCAAAGAUAGACUAGGAUCGGAUGGUUCCAAUGAAGUGAAGUCACAUCCAUUCUUUAAUGGUGUCAAUUGGAAUGAUGUCAUGGAUAAAAAGGUCGCUCCUCCCUUCAAACCUAAAUUGUUUGGAGAUAGAGAUCUUAGAAAUUUUGAUGUGACAUUUACACAGGAAGUAGUGCAAGAUACACCCAUGCAAUCUAUGGCACAAGAGGACAAUUAUGAUAGGUUCUCCUAUCAAGAACCAGAAUUGUUUGUGACUAUGAAUGAAGGUUUCUCACUUAAUAAAUGA